GGCGACAGUGUGUCCUCUAGCUGCUGGGAAGCGACGCGACGUAACGCGAAUAUUCGGUUGAAAGUCGUACGCGAGACGAUCGUAUUAUUUACCCUUUCGUUUCAAGAGACUUCUUCUCGUCCUCGAAGCGACGCUCCACCACCGGUCUGCGUGUCUUGCUUUUGAAGCGGGCAAUAUCGUGUCGCGAGCUUGUCUGUAAAAUGACGGUGGUCUCGUUAGCGGUGGAACCGUACCCCGUGAACUCGACGGCUCCCGGCGAGGGCCGUUCGGCGACGAUAGUGUAUAAAAAGUGUACGUGAAGUGUCUCCACUAACCGUGUUCGCGGCGAGAAUAGAGGAUGUACAUUUCAAGUGAUUCGCGAGUAAACCAUGCCUGAUGAGCGCCGCCAUCUUCUUCCCCGUCGUCGAAGCGAACUGCGCGAGUGAGCGGUAGGGGUCGCCUCGGGCGUCUGCGCUUGUUGUUUCCUAUCGUCCGCCAUUUUACGGUCGCCAUUGAGAAGUGAAAACCCUCCUAAAUGUUCUCGAAUAAUAGCGGCCUCGCCGUGUGAUUUUCGGGGCUGAGAGAGGCGCGCCGCCGCGAGAAGUGUUGCUAAUGAGUGUACGGCGUACGAUGGAGAAGCCAUGACGCAUCCGUCGCAUCAAACGAACGGCGCUAGCCUGGAGGACUGCCACACUAAUUUCUUCGCACUGACGGACCUCUGCGGCAUCAAAUGGAGGAAACUCGUGUGGGGCGAAGUGGCCGGCGGCUUCGGUGGCACUCCCCUCGAGGACCCGGUGCUCUCGAGCUUCUCGCGGUGCCUCGCGGGUGACAUUCUCUGCGUGUGGCGGCGGGUCGCCGCGACGCCGGCCACCUCCGGCCCGGCAACCGCCUCUGCGACCGGAGCUGGCAUCUUCGACCUGGGCAUCGCACCCUCGCCAGCACCGCCACCCCUCUCCCUCACCGCCGCUAAGGAACUCUGGAUUUUCUGGUACGGCGAGGAACCUGAUCUCUCCGGUAUCGUGUCGCCGGAACUGAUUGCGUGCGAAAGUGAACAGGGCUCUUGGGAAAGCGGAUUAUCGUACGAGUGCCGGUCACUACUUUUCAAGGCUCUGCAUAACUUGAUCGAACGGUGCUUACUGUCACGUGAUUUUAUUCGCUUAGGAAAGUGGUUCGUACAACCUUACGAUGGCUUCGAGAAACACCGAUGUAGUAGUUGUCACCUGUCGUUCUCGUUUGCAUUCUUCGUCCACGGAGAGAGCACUGUAUGCGCUAGUGUGGAUGUUAGGCAGCAUCCUGCUGUACGACAUCUCACCAGAGCUUGCUUGCAACGUACCCAAACUUCCCAAUCUGGGGUUAAAGUAAUUCUAGCACCGUACGGGCUAGCAGGUACUUUAACCGGUCCAGUGGGGCGAACAGAUAGUCAACUUCUAGAAGAAUGGAAACACUUCUAUCCGAUCAAUGGCAGCAACAUCGAAGCGGGACUUCCACCGUUGGUAGAUGUACUUGUUGGUGGUGUUCGCAUGCGAUAUCCUUCCUGUUAUGUUCUGGUCACUGAUAUGGACGACACUCCACCCGAAACACCGCUUUCUCCGCCGAGCAGUCCUACUAGCUGCGAACAUCCGCUCCUAGGUCAGCAGGAAUUACGAGCAGCUACGGAACUGCCGGAACGCGUAUGGGCAGAAUGUACUUCGAGUUCACCGAUCUCUGCUUCCAAAACAGAAUCUUCCACCGAACAAGGAACCUGGAGCUUCAUUGAUGCAACACAAAAGUCUUCCUGUACCUGUUCAAAGUAUACGACCCCCGGGGGUUGGAAGAGCCUGGCCUCCUCUCAGGUUCAGAGGGAGAGAGUAGAUAAAGGUGGACGGAGGGUCGUACCAUUUCAUCGACGCUCUACCACCCAGUGGGAUGCUUGUCCCUCUGUCCCUGCUAAUGCCCCCAGGUCUAUAUUGAAUAGAACAGAGGCACCGAGUACACCACCAGGUGGACCACCCUCUUAUUCAAGGGGACCACCGACAGGAGGAGAUUGUCUACCAGUUCCAUCUGUUGGCUCGCCAGGUUCCCCAGCACCUUCACCUCUUCCAACUCCACAUUCCGAGCCAGCGUCCGUUCCACCAGCUGAGCCUACAAUGCCCACUCUAAGUCCUCAACCACCACCCAGUCACACAAACACUGCCCCACCAUUAACCCCUUCUCAAGGUCCGAAGUCAACCUCCUCCGCAUGCAAUAAUCAAGUGCAUAGUCCAGCUCCUGGGCCAACUUUAAAACGACCAGUCUUAGUCUCCAGAGAAUGUGAGGAUAUGUAUUUAGAAAAUGAACAGUCAUUACCUUGGCUCUAUGAUUACUCGAUGCAAGAAGCAUGGCUCAAUCAUCCUGUGAAACGUUUUAAGGAAUCUAAUAGUAGUCCAGUCAAUGUGCGGAGCAAUACUUUGUAUCCACCAAUGAAUUCCCAGGUUUCUCAGUCACAGACUCCAAAAUUAGAAAUAAAGCAGGAACCAAACGUGAAUGUUGGGGAUUGCAUCGGAAGAAGAACAGAUCCUUACGAGUUCGAUGCCACAGGCGAAGAAAACGGUACCGGUGUCGAUGGACUUAGACGACAAAGAGACGAUCCUACCAAACCGGGAUCUUUGUUUACCAGCGAAGGUCUUCAAGCAUCCUACAAAGAUUUAGAUCAAAUCUUUGACAACUCCGACCCUGAUACUUCUAGCGAUGAAACUAAUUUGAAUCAACUUCAAGUGCAAACACCACCGGAAUCGAACAGAUCCGGUGGACUACACGAUGAAGCCAGGGUGGACGCUAACAACAGACAUAAUAAUCGUGGAGUAGGUGUUUUACGACCAGAAGAGCUUUCCAAAAUGUUUCCAACACCACCAUCCCUAGAACAUAAUCCGGUCGCUUCACCUUGUCAGCUGAGCGACCCUUUAAUGGACCAGACAGAACUUUCUGUACCUCAACGACCACUCAGGCAUCUCCCUGAUAUCUAUCCAAACAUGGGAUCCCCUCAAGAAGAACCAAUCGACGAUUGGUCCUAUGUGUUCAAGCCUACACAAAUCUGUAAGAUGGUUGGUUCUUCCAAGUAUGCUCCUCUUACGAAUUUGCCCAGCCAAUCUUUACCACCUGUCACACUGCCAUCGCACUGCGUAUACAGACCUUCCUGGCAGUGCAAUCCAGCACCCAACAACACAGACAAGCCACUUCCACCCACUAGACCCGGAUCGGUUCAACAGCAACCUUGCCCGCCGAGCCCAGCACCAUUGGGAGCACCUUAUCGCUCAGCAACUAUAUCUGGCAGACCGCCACCGCCACCGUACGAUCAGCCAAGCCCAGCAACAUCCACUACUUCUUCAUAUCUCAAUAAAAACCUGAAUAGUAUUGAAGCGGACACACCGGGACCUGCGCGCGCUCCAGAAUCGAACUCUCUUAUAGUGAACAUCUUAUUAGGCGAUACUGCGCUGAACAUCUUUCGCGAUCACAACUUCGACAGUUGCAGUCUCUGCGUGUGUAACGCAGGUCCAAAGGUAGUAGGCAAUAUCAAAGGUGCCGACGCAGGUGUUUAUCUGACGCACUCGUGGUCAGGCGGGGCUCUGUUCCAAGAUGAUGAUCAGAUCAGGUGUAGUUGCGGGUUUAGCGCGGUAGUGAACCGACGAUUGGCCCAUCGAGCGGGUUUGUUUUAUGAGGACGAGAUGGAGAUCACCGGUAUUGCCGAAGAUCCUGCGGAAAAGAAAAAAGUGUCUUUGGUAGCUGUGGCAUGCGGAGGCGGAAAACCAUCCGAGGGCUUAGAUGUGAUACCACCGAACGUGUUGGAGUUGCUGAGGGAACAGUGUUUGAUCGUGCAGAGCUCCGCGAGUAGUCUGUACAGAGCGUCUAGGAUUUACGCGACAAUGAAGAGCUACUCGAUGCUCGCGCCUACAGUGAACAUGUUAGAGUUUAACGAUGGGAACGAAGUGUCGCUGGCGGCUCUCGAUCAGGGUAAAAUCGACGGUACGCACAACGAGAGGACUAAUCGCGUGAACGGUGUGCAUCGAUGGGUAUUCCUCAGAGCAAAGGGUCCUCAGUGUAGCGGUGAUAUUGUUAGGAUGAUGAGGGCGCUGCAGCCACUCCUGCAAGACGCGGUACAAAAGAAGUGUACCACUCGCAUGUGGGAGGCACCGUACACCGUCGCUGGUCCUCUUACCUGGAGGCAGUUCCAUCGUUUAGCUGGUCGCGGCACCGAUGAUCGCUGUGAACCCCAACCGAUACCUGCGCUGGUUGUUGGUCACGAUCGGGAUUGGCUGUCUUUGUCACCUUAUGCCCUGAGUUACUGGGAGAAACUACUUCUAGAACCGUACGCUGGACCUAGGGACGUCGCUUACGUGGUGGUAGCGCCGGAUAGCGAUUGCGUUAUCAAUAAAGUAAAGUCAUUCUUCCGUGAACUGUCAACCACGUACGAAAUCUGUCGACUGGGAAGGCAUACGCCCAUUUCAAAGGCACUUCGCGACGGUAUUCUUCGAGUUGGUAAAUCGUCCGUGCAAAAACAAGCCAAACAACAGAUAGACGACUGGUUUAAGUUAUUAGGCGAGAAUCAAUUGGGAGAGCUGUUGCGGCUAUAUGCUCAAGUCUGUAACCACCGAUUAGCUCCAUAUUUAACGCAGGUUAUACAAGAUCGAAGUUUGUUAGAUCCCGGAGAUUCCCAGCCGGCCAGCAAGCAGCAACAGCAGCAGCAAACAACUAUCCCUGUUACCGAGACCAUGCCAGCAACACCUGACGUAAUGACAAAUAAACCUGAAUCCGUUGAAGGAGAAAAUCCUAGAAGCGAAACUCCGUCGUCGAAUACGGCAACAAAUUCGAAUUCUAACACCGGUAAUACAACACCAACUUCUCAAACUGCCACGAUACCCACCAAUAACUCUGCGGGUCCAGAUGAAGAGGAAGUAGAACCUCCAGCUGUGGUGGUUUAUUUGGUUGAACCUUUCUCGCUAGGAGGCCCCGAAGAUCCUGACCGUCGAAGACUCGCAAUUUUAGCUUUAUUACGUGCAUACUCCGCAGCGGUGAAUAACAUGCCUGAAAAUAUUAGAUCAAACAUAAAUGUUCAGUUAAUAUCCUUGGAAAGUAUAAUGGAAUUAGGGCGAGCUAGAGAAAGGCGGAAAAUACAAGACGAGAUGCGGGCCUUAGCUUUAAACGUGUUUCUGCAGGGCCGUCGAUUGUUAAAUCACAACUCUACGGUAAAAAGUCUCACUGGCUUUGGUACUGCUGCCGCCGCAGAUCUUUUCCUUAAGAGUAAAGAUGAACGGAACAGAGCGCCGUACCGGCUGUACGCGCCGGCCUAUGUCCUGGCUCCUCUACGGGCAAAGAGCGAGGCACCCGAGUCAUUCGGCAUCGCUGGACCAGAGGAAUGCGCAGUACUUUACCUGAGCUACUGUCUCAGCGAGGACCAGUCAUGGCUACUCGCAGUCGCGACUGAUGACCGGGGUGAGAUAUUUGAGACGGCCACCAUCAAUAUCGACAUACCCAAUCGGAAGAGAAGAAAACGAGCAUCGGCCCGACGAAUUGGACUACAAAAGUUAAUGGAUUUCAUUCUGGGCGUGAUGUCUCAAGGCGUUCAACCCUGGAGGUUAGUGGUGGGCCGUGUGGGACGCAUUGGACACGGAGAGUUGAAGGGAUGGAGCUGGUUACUAUCCAGGAAAGCGCUCCUGAAGGCAUCGAAGCACUUAAAAGAAAUUUGUGGCCAGUGCAGUUUGCUUUACCCGUCGGCAGCACCUUGCGUUCUCAGCGCUUGUUUGGUUUCUCUAGAACCAGAUUCAACUUUGAGACUGAUGGCUGAUCAGUUCACACCUGAUGAAAGAUUUAGUCAGGCGUCGGUAAACUGCCAAUUAUCUACACCACAAGAUGUCACAUGUACUCACAUUCUCGUCUUUCCUACGUCUGCAACUACUCAGUCAUCACAGACUGCAUUUCAAGAGCAACAUAUUAAUGGACCAGAUUUAGGGGACGAUGAAUUAUUUUCCGCUUUGAACGAUGACAUGCCAGAAGGUAUGGAAGGUAUGGGAGACUUCAAUGAUAUCUUCAACGUAUGGCCAGAAGCUGGCGCCGGUGGAGGGCAAAGUCCUGGUGCCAGUCCCCAUCGUCCCGAAGGAUCCCCCUUAGGCGGAGAUGGCGGUGGUUCGGGUUUAGGCAAUCACGAUGGUCCAGGAAGCCCGUUUCCGUGUAGCAACACGCCAAGAGUGGCAGUUGCCGAGCAGGCUGAAGAAGUAGGGACGCUAUUGCAGCAACCACUUGCUCUUGGUUACUUAGUAUCCACUGCGCCAACCGGACGUAUGCCACCAUGGUUUUGGUCAGCUUGCCCCCAUCUCGAAGGCGUUUGCCCAGUGUUCUUGAAGAAUGCCUUACAUUUGCAUAGUCCAGCAAUACAGCAGAAUAGUGAUGAUCUGUUACAGCAGCAAAGUGCACUCACUGCUCAUCCGUUAGACUCGCAGUAUACCACCGAUGUGCUCAGAUACGUGUUGGAAGGAUACAACGCAUUAUCGUGGCUCGCUGUAGAUGCGAACACGAAGGAUCGACUAUCCUGCUUGCCAGUGCACGUACAAGCGCUCAUGCAGCUCUACCAUGCAGCGGCAGCUCUCGUCUGACCCACACCCUCUCCCUUCGUAGUGCAGUAUGUGCACCUCUCUCACGCACUCCUUAACCGUACCAUCACUUGGGGCUUUACGAGAGCAACUGGUUUCCUAGAUCCGUCUUCAACUGUCAAUGACUCUGAGAUUCCUCGAAUAAUUGGGAUAGAAUGACCCUUCGGCCAAUCGUCGAUGAUCCCACGACACUAUGAACACCGAGAUCUUUUUCCUUGCUCGGCUUCUUUUUACGUCUUAAAUUCAUACGAUAUACGGUGAGAUCAAGUCACGUCGCGAUAAUACUUACCGUAAGCUCGAUUUUGACGUAAUUUCUUUUCUUUCUUUUUCUUUUUAUGUAUAUAUAUAUGUAUAUAUAAUAUAUAUAUAUAUAUAUAUAUAAUAUAUAUACACACAUAUAUACAUAUAUACAUAUAACAAUGUUCUUCUAUCCGUAUUAUUGUUGACAGGCGGACAAACCGAGAAAUAAGGUAGAUUGUACUUUGUGUUUAAGCAGUAAUCGUGACAAAUAAAAAGUAAACACGAAGACACUACUAAUUAACGACCAUGCAUUACCGCAUACCAAAUGGAGUCUGAAGAAUGAAAGUGGAAAUUGCAUGCGAUAAUACAUUAGUAAGAAAGAUUGAAACGAACGAAUGAAAACUCGAGAACAUGUCAGGACAAAGAGAAUAAGUGAGAACGAAAGACAACGUGUGAAAGUAAAAGAGUGACUGCCUGUAUAAGCGGAAGCGAAGGGGAAACAGAAGAGAGAGAGAGAGAGAGAGAGAGAGAGAGAGAGAGAGAGAGAGAGAGUGCGUUUAAAGAAGCCAACUUUCGAUUGUCUCUCUAUCAAUAGAUAGUUCAAUUACAAAUCAGAAUCUCUAGAAAAUUACGUAACCAAAACGUUUUUAAUUGUAAAUUGAAUUUUGUACAAAGCUUUUAUUAUUAAUAACGACGAAGUAAUAUAAAUGAUAUUACGUUGUUUUUUAAUUUUAUAGAGAUGAUAUAAAUGAAAAAAAAGAAAGAACAGAAAGGGAGGCGACACUUCUUUUUUACAAGUAUAUUGCCUCGUACAAGCCCCUGGUGUGAGAUAAGUAUGACAAUUUUAAUAUUAUAUUGUAUUAUGCUCGCGCGGCACUGGGUCACUGUUAUCAUGUUUCCUGGACCCGUUAGCGCAAUUUUUCGAUGCUGUUUGACAAAUUUUAUUCGAAUUAGGUGACCUCUAUAUAUUAUACAUACAUUAAUAGUGUAAAAUAUUGUUUUUAAAUAAUUUAUGAAGUGGAAAUAUCGCCGAUGUAUUAGAUUAUUGAGAAUGAACGAAGGGAGCGAGAGAGAAAAGAGAAUGAGAGAAGAGCACAGUUUUGUUCCCUGCAACUUAGGAAAAAUAAUUUAAAAUAUACAAGCAAAAUGAGCAAGUGAACGAAGCGAAAAAAAUAUAUGAGGAAAAAAAUAAAAAGACAAGAGAUACGAAUACAGGGCGCGUCUGAAUGGAAGCCAAUGGUGGCUAGUUGCGUCAGUCGCAUAGUACAAAUAUGACUUGUACAUAGCAACCCUUAAUCCUCCCCCUUAUAAAGUUAUUGGUUAAUUUACUCACACACCACACUCACACUGUAUCUAUAGUAUUUAUUAUCUGGGUAGAACAUCAUUAUUGGGAUUAUUAUUAUUAUUAAUUAUUAUUACUAUUAUUAUAUUAAUAUUACGAAAUACAGUUUUAUGUGUAUA